UGCUACAUUAUGUCAGGAGACAGCGACUGCACCAGGACAAGUCCAUCAGCGGGGUCUCCAUCGGACAACGAGUUCUUGCCAGAUCGGCCAAAGUAUGUUUGCUCGCUGUCUCCUGAUCUCGUUACCAAAGCCCGGGAAGAGCUCCAAGAGAAACCUGAAUGGAGGCUCCGUGAUGUGCAGGCACUCCGAGAUAUGGUGUGCAAAGACUAUCCCUCCCUGGGGACCUGCCUGGACGAUGCUUUUUUGCUAAGAUUCCUCAGAGCCAGGAAGUUUGAUUAUGAUCGAGCGCUUCAGCUUCUGGUGAACUACCACACCUGUAGGAGGAGCUGGCCUGAGGUCUUCAAUAACUUGAAGCCGUCCGCAAUAAAGCCUGUCCUAGAGUCUGGUUUUGUCACUGUGCUGCCUCGUCUGGACCCAGAGGGACGCCAUGUCGUCUGCAUCCGUCCAGACAGAUGGACACCCAGUAAUUAUCCGAUUACUGAGAACAUUCGUGCCAUAUACUUAACGUUAGAAAAACUCAUUCAGUCCGAAGAGACCCAGGUGAAUGGAAUUGUAAUCCUGGCAGACUACAAAGGAGUCAGCUUAUCUAAGGCGUCUCAUUUUGGUCCUUUUGUAGCCAAAAAAGUGAUUGGAAUUCUUCAGGAUGGAUUCCCCAUUCGAAUAAAAGCUGUUAACAUAAUAAAUGAGCCUCGUAUAUUCAAAGGCAUUUUUGCAAUCAUCAAGCCUUUUCUGAAGGAAAAGAUAGCAAACCGGUUUUUUCUCCACGGCUGUGAUCUCAAUUCCCUUCAUCAAAACAUUCCUCCAGUGAUCCUUCCGGAAGAGUAUGGUGGUACUUCAGGGAAGCUGGACAUCUCCGCAUGGAAUGAGCUGCUGCUAGCCUCUGAAGAGGACUUUCUGCAUGAUUUCUCACAGCUGGUUCUCCCGUGUGACAGCUCUCCCCAUGACAUGCUAGUGAGUGGGGAUGCUGAUGAAAAGCAAUGUGAUGAUUCUCUGCGAGGCAUGAAACCUCAGCUCUAUUACUGUUAUUAACAAACCAGUGAAGGGAAGUUUUCCAGCACCGUUAAGAUCUGUUCUGCUAGGUGAUGAUGUGAACUCUGCCUUACUCCUAAACCUGCAGUUUAGGAACAGACUGCUGAGGCACUUUACACUGUAGAACCAAAGGAAGCUGAAGAGGGCACAAUGGGGGCAGGGCAGAGUUCGGGGAGGAUAAAGGCAAAGAGCACAAGUUAUGUAGAAUACUUGAGGCUCAUCAGCCUCUGUGUGAAUGAUGCAAGCUGGCCUAUUCUUUCUAAUGAUAAAAAAAAUACAUUGCAGGAUGGUAAGCUUCGUUGAUAGUAUCUUAUCCCCUCCCUGCCCAGGUGAAAAGUGACAAUGAUGAUUUACUAGUUUUGUGACCAUCCGUUCCCUUCCCCUUCCGAAAACACCAGUAAUCCAAGACAAGAAAAUUGCUUUUGAUCCCUGCAAAAUGUAGUUCUGUCAGUGAAGAUUGCUUGAAACCAUGAAGUCUAACUUGGCCUGUGCUCUGUCACUUGGUUCAGACUGUGAGUUGGCAUUUCUGAAAUAUCUCAAUGAAUAUUUGGCUCAAAUUAAUACAGAGCAAAACUCUCUUAUCCAUGAAUAUCAGUAUGGGGAUCAUCUCUGAAACUUCCUCACAGUAGGAAGAACUAGAACUGGUGGAUUAACUACUACAACAUGUAUACUAAGGCUUAUUAUAAACAGAUGCAAUCUUUGUUUUCAGAAAACAGGAAGUUUUUCAGAUCAGGUACUUAGCCUUUUGAUUGGAUACAGCUUCAAAUAAUGAGGUUCAGGACCAAAUAAGAAAAAUGUAUGUCAGCCGCCUUCCCACAUUAUCAGUUGUUCUUUUCUUCAGCUGGUUGUGAGGAGGAAUUGGGUAACUCACUCUUACAUAGAAUUUGUAAGGAGGCUUUGUAGCAGUUGGCAUAUGAUGUAUAGAAGGCAAUACUUCAUGUAAGACAGCAAGGUGCUUCUUUAGCUUGUUACUUUGGGCAGAAUUUGAGUUUAAGUCUGUGAAACCAAAUGCAGACAGGCUAUUCGAAAGCACAUUCUUAAAUUUCCUGGUGGUAUUGUAGCAUUUUGUUCACUGUGCUUGUUGGCUCUUUUGUGAAAAGUUACAACUUUAUUUUC